AUGGCUGAUAAACAACAAGAUUUGAUAUACAUCAACGAAGUACUGAACUCUUCUGAGAUUAGUUCUUUAUUAUCUCAUCCACCAUAUCCACUGACACUCACAAUAGAAGAACUGACCAAAGCGCCAUCCUUGAAAAAUAGUAAACCUAAAUAUGGCACCUCUCAUGAAAAAAUACCUCGUCCAUCAAAUCCGUUUAUGAUCUAUCGUAAAAAUUACGCCGCUAAAAUGAAAUCAAUGAGUUUAGCAGCUCAUACAACUCAAACUUCAGCGAAAGUAGCAAAAAUAUGGGCUCAAGAAUCGAAAUCUGUUAAAAGAUUUUUUGAAAUUUUAUCUUUAAUGGCCAAAAAAAAUCAUUUAUUGAUGCAUCCGAAUUAUAAAUUUCAACCAGAUAAAACCAAAAAACAAAAAGGAUUAAAGUUUCGUGAGUUUUGUUUAAAGAAAAAGAAUAAUAAAGAUGAUACCUCUAAAUCUCAUAAUUUAACUAUGACAACUAGAUCCAUAACCUCAAAAGUUUCUAGUAAUACUAAAUCUUUUAUAACUCAACAAGAGACUUUACUGUCUCCCGAACCAAAAUCUAUACAGUCACCCCAAAUAUUAAAUGGUGAUUUUCUUGAUAUAGAUGAUUCAUCUUCAUUAUUUUCUUAUCCAUGGUUACAGUUCAUUUAA